UCGGUUUGAUGCAUCGGGGAUAUUUAUCUCGAGCCCGUGGGGGUGGGCAGGGCAGGGUGUUGGUGCCAGGCCUUGAAACCGUCCGUAAACGGGGCAUGACGAGGACUUCUUUUUGUGUGCGUUCAUCUCCUAUAGGUACUUCUUCAAUUGUCGAGCUUCCGCUCAGUUCGAGAGUUGACAUAUUCGAGAGAAUACUGUCGUGGCGAUGGGACUGACGACUCUCCAACCAUUGGCUUAUGCUGUGGCAUAUGUUUCUUUCUUCCUUGGAACGGUUUCUAUAUUCCUUCGUUUCUAUUGCCGGCACUUUGUGCUGCGGACUAGAGGAUGGGAUGACAACUUCGCGGUCUUGAUUCUCCUCUUCAGUAUUGGACAACAAGUCGUCCUGCAUAUGUUCAUAUAUUGGGGAUGCGGACUACACAUGGAUGCUCUCAGCGGUGUUCAGCAGCUGGAGAUCCUCAAAUGGCUGUUCAUUGAAGAAGUGGUUUACUACUCAGUUCACUGGGUGAUCAAAUCAGCUUUCCUCCUUUUCUACCUCCGUCUUUCACCGAGCCCUACUUUUCGAAUAGCGGUAUACAUCGGCGGAGCUUUGAACGGUGCCAUUCUGAUUAUUAACAUUCUAUUGGCAUGUUUUCAAUGCGUUCCCUUUGAUGAGAUCCUCCAUCCAGGCACGCAUCCAGAUGCUGUCUGCAUCAGCAAACUCGUUCUUCUCAUAGCGCCUUCCAUCCUCAACAUCUUAGAAGACUUCUACAUCCUCAUCCUCCCCAUAUACACCGUCAUGAACCUCCAAAUGUCGCUUCGACGCAAAGCUGCAGUACUAGGCGUCAUGGUCUUUGGCAGCAGUUCCGUUAUCAUCGCAUGUUUCCGACUCAUGCCCCUCCUCGAGCUCAACGACUCACCGGAUACAUCGUGGGUGCUGGGAAAGAUGGUCAUCGUCGCGGCUCUCGAAAUACAGUUUGCCAUCAUUGCGGUCAACCUGCCGAGCCUCAAGGCAUUGUGGACAAAAUUUGGGGGUGGAAGCUCAUCUGGAUCAGGGCCUGGAGGAGGCAGCUCAACCCAGAAAGGUUACAAGCUCUCAUCGCUUGGCCAGAUUGUGACUAUUGGUUCUGAAGCAAAAGGGCCGCGUAGUUCGAGGUGGGGGAAGAAGGCUCGUAGAGGAAGUAUCACACGGUUGGAACAAGGAGUCACAGCUACUGAGUCGGAAGAAGAGCUGUGUCGGAAGGGCGGAGCGACAUCACAGACAGGACACUUGGCUCCAGAGGGCGAUAUUGGUGCUAUAAAGGUUACGAAGGAUUACGAUGUAAAGACGUCAGACUGUACAGGGCGCAAAGAACCCGCCGGCAUCACCUCGGACUAUUACCUGAAGAGUAUGUAAGUCUCAAGGUUAGAAGCGUUUAUUAUC